AUGGCAAAUGAGUCCAAGGACACUAAACGGUAAUUGUUUAUUUACUCCACAAAUCCUCCUCAAUUGGACCCUUAGGCUCUCCCUGACUCCUUCCCUUGUUGUUGCUAGCGUCUGAGGCUCGGAAGAUUAAUGAGAAUUGAUUGCAAAAAAUAUACUUGUGACAACUUUUGACGGAUAUUUGUUUAGAUGAUGUCUCUAGAGUUAUUUUCCUUUUUUGAAACGAAACUUCCUCAUCCUUUCAUAGGUCGUUUGGUUGGGAGAGACGGCAGAUAUUGAACAUCUGCCGUUAGAAGGAUAAAUGCCCCAAAAAGACUUCCGGCCGAGAAGAGCCGCUUCUGUCAACUCUUGUUGUAAAUGUCCUCUUUGGGAGAUGGAUGUGGAGGUUUUGAUCUGUGCCCGUUCGAAGAUCCCUAUCAGUUCUUUUGUCCGGGACAUGAAUUGAACAAGAUGCAGACCCUACAUUGUUUUUCGGAGGGGAAGUUGGCUGUCUUUCGACCGUUCUCUUCCUUUCAUCGCUGUUAAUUUUUUAUUUAUCGCAAUUAAUUCUUCCUUCACGUUUAUAAUUAAUGUCUUUUAUGUGGAAAGUACUGUUUUCUGAGUCCUGAGGUAACUAUUCUCAGAGUUUUUGUCAAGGGUUGUGUUUACAGUUUACAAGAGCAUUCGGUAAUCGAAUUAUCUGCUUCAGAGUGUCAUUCGGUUCUUCAAACGAUGUCAGAUUAAUUGUGUAUGACGAGCCCAACUGUGCCACAUACACGUUUCACAAGAAAAAGGAGCAUCCGAGGUAAGUGGAGAUGAAAAUUGGGGUCCCUUUGCCGUCUCGGAGAGCCGCCUUUGAUAAGAACAGGUCUCCAAAUUCAUAUCUCACGCUUCUCUCAUUUCUGAAAUGGUUCUCGUUGAGGUCACCGACCAAACUGUGGGUUCCCAUUACAAGGCCACAUUUCUCGCCUCGAAUGGCUUUAUAAAAGCUGUUCGUUAUGUGUUUUUCUUUUGCUUCUGGCCCAUUUUCGACUUGCAUUCGGCCUCCGGGUCUCUUAAUUAGAUCACUAAAAGAGGCACAGGAUCGAUGGCUGAAACAAAAAAAUGCGCGUUUUAAAGGAUUUUUACAUCGGCUCUAUGAAAAUUCGACCCUUCCUCGCUGUCGUCUUUUCCCGGUCUUUUUGCACUAAACUCUCGUUGAAUGCCUUUUUCCAUUCGGACGCGAAGGGAAUAAGAGACGGGACUGCUCUCGCCCAGUUUCGACCUCCCCCCUCAUCCGAACACUCUGUCGCCCUCUGUUUUUUUGAUUGUUCUUGUGGCCUAUCCGUGCUCCAGGCCUCGUCCUAUCAUUACCUCUUCUUUUUAUUUUUUUUUGUCUUUUUUGAUCGAUUUCCGUGUGUUUGAAACGGGUUCGGCUCUUGUCGUGUCGUUGUUCAAUCCCCAAAGUUGAGGCCCCAAUCUCUGUCUCGUCUGCAUUUCGUGUCCCUUUCGUCGCUGUAUGGAUUCAAGUGAUCGUUCUAGGUCCGAGACUCCGGAUCGAGUUUUGGUGAGGAGCGAGAACUGCGAGGAGCCGCGGCCCAUCUCCCCACCCGCUCAUCUUUUCACCCCGCCCGACGCACGGACUCCGGAAAGGUUGGUGGAGUUUGAUUUAGAAUUAUUUGUGUGUUUAGAGAAUGCCCUCCGGGUGUGAAAAUAUUCCCUUCCUUCCAAAAAGAGAAUUUAUAGGAAAAUGGACUCUGAAGUGGAUAACCCGUUCCGGCCGAAGGAUGUCCUCUACAAUGAAGUGGACCCAAUUGUUGAAGCCUAUAAGACGAAGCCUUUCCCUCCAUCGCCCUCAGGGUCUCCCAUUCCUCAAGAUCUCACUCCCUUCAAGAAUGGUCGACAUGUCACUCUAGAAUGUGGGGUAGUGCAUUCUGACAGUGCACAUGUCAGCGAGACACAUCCUCUGACACAUCCAGAUCAAAAGAAAGGAGAGAAUGGUCUCUCCGAUCUUCCUCCUCCCAAUAACGUGGAAUUGGUCCAUCUGGAAAAGAAAAAGAAAUGUUGUUGUUGCUCAGUACAAUAA